AAGACUCAAGAUCUUGAUGUGUAAACUCUAGAGGGAAAAACGCAAUUGUACCUCUUAAUAUACAGGUGGCCGUAAACGGAAGCGGAAAUUUCCGCUAGUCUCUGGAAAAGCGUCUCAUCUCUCCUCCCGUCCAUCCUCCCUAAAGGGUUUGCCUUCAUAAAUCUGGUGUAUAGGCCUUAGGUCACCAUUGAGAGCACAUGGACUGAAGUGCCUAUUCGUGAUUGAGAAAUCCUGUCAACAGCCAUUUCUUAUACCCUUUAUUUAGCAGAAGUUCACAGACAAAAAGCGCCAUCAUGACUCACUCAAUGCUGCGACGACAACUGAAGAACCUUGUUCAAAACUUUUCCGAGGCAGAAGUCAAGGUUCGAGAAGCGACUUCUAAUGACCCCUGGGGCCCUUCAAGCUCCCAGAUGGCCGAUAUCUCGGACCUGACGUACAAUGUGGUGGCGUGUAAUGAGAUUUUGACAAUGCUCUGGAAGCGCCUCAAUGAUGACAAAAAUUGGAGGCACGUGUAUAAGUCGCUAACCCUUCUUGAAUACAUGUUGAAAACCGGCUCAGACCGCGUUCCCCAGCAGAGUUUGGAGAAUAUCCAUAUUAUUAAAGUUCUGACAGAAUAUCGCUACGCAGACAAGGAUGGAAAGGACCAGGGGGUAAAUGUGAGAGAGAAGGCAAAGAUUGUGUUAGUUCUAGUUGAGGAUGAAGAUAAGCGGAAGGAGGAGAGAGAAUUCGCUUUGAAGACGAAAGACAAGCUGGCAAAAGCUCCAAAUGCAUCUUCAGCUACAGGCCCAGAAAAAGAGAAACAAGAGAUUCCUCCAUACACGGGACUUCCCUCUCUGGACAAUAUCCCCUCAGUAGCUGAUCUGACCGCUGCUAUGGCCAAGAAGAAGGAGGAGCAGAGACGCCAGGAGGCAGAGAGGAAAGAAGCGGAGAGACGGGCAAAAGAGGGCGACACUGAGCCAGAUCUUUGGGAACAAGCAGCCACAGCAGCUCCCACGUCUGGCUCAGAUCCCUGGGGAGCUCCAUCAGAUGCAUCAAAUGAAUCCGCGCCUGCAUCCAGUGACCCGUGGGGGGCACAUUCUGAUGUAAAAAACGGGUCUCCACCUGCCUCCAGUGAUCCUUGGGGAGGAUCGGUCAGUGCUGAGAAAGAAUCUCUUCCUGCCUCCAAUGAUCCAUGGGAUGAUUCUGCUGGUUUUAUAGAAGAUAAACCCACUGCUGGGCAUGAUCCUUGGGGUUCUCCAACCGAAGCGCCAAAAGACUCUGAACGAGCGAAGUCGGAUCCCUGGGGGGAACCAGCAGAUAUACAGGGCUCGGCACAUGCAGCAUCAGACCCCUGGGCGGCUCCACUCGAAGCACCGUCAGUCGGUUUGGAUGAUCCAUUUGGUGAUGGUUCGAAAGUAGAUAAUGACCCUUGGGGAACAGCAGUAUCUUCACCCCCUACUGCUAAUGACCCCUGGGGCGCCCCAUCAGCUCCAACCGAUGCUGUGACAACAAGUGACCCUUUUGGUGAUGGAGGAAUAACAGAUCCUUGGUUAGCUCCUUCUGAGAACGGUAAUGAGACCAAAAAGGCAUCUUUCCUCGGUGAAGGUGCUUCGUUGGUGGACUUGGACUCUCUAAUGUCAGUCAAGCCCAAAGCCAAACAGCCUCCCCUCAACGCCAUCUCCACCACUACUCAAAAAGCCCAGGGUAUUUCGAUGGCCACUUGCAUGACCAAGCCUUUUGGCGACAACAUGUUCAAUGCAAGCAGUUCAGCCACGUGGCCUUCCAACCCCAAUCAUUUCGGUUUUAACCACAUGACCCCUCAUUCCAGUACCCUCCCUCCGGCUCCCCGAAAUACAGUCCCAGGGGUACCUGCUCAAUACAUUGCAUCUUCAACCCAAAGUGCAAGCUUUUCAGCUUUACCAGUGCCCAGCAUGGGUUUUUCAAUGGUUAACACACACGCAGCAACUAGAAUUGUACAGCCGAGCACUGCAGGUGAGCUCUCAUCGAUGUCAUUCACAGGAAUGCUCUUUCCAUGCCCUGGAGUUCCACAGAAACCUCCAGUGGUUUCAGGCACUGGCACUGGAAAGGGAAAUAACAUUUUUUGAGUUCUCCCACUCCCAUUAUCAUUAAGUCACCCCUACCGUUCCCAUAUGAUUCCCCUUCAUCAAACCCAAUCUACUGUAUGUUUGUAUAAGUGUGUGAAAAUAUUUAAAUAUCAGUAAGCAAUUGUACUGUAAGACUUUCCUUUAUGGGGAAAAAGCAUGCAGUUCCAAAUCUUUUCAAUGGGAUUGACAGGGAGGUGGAAGCUGGUGUUCAUCAGUUUUAUGGUAUUUAUCCAGUACAAUAGGAAUGCGGUUAUUCGGUUAGUUUGGUUAUCGAUCAGCUUGACAGGUUUUGAAAAGUUAGUUAUGUUGUUCUGAUAAAUAUUAGAGAUGAGUGGAAAUUCCCAUGUUUAUCCUGAAACAUAACCAGACAUGUGUUGCUGUGUUUGAAGAUUGAGAUCCGGCUGUGGACUUUAGUUCAUUAUGAAUCAACAUUGAAUAUAUGUUUUUAGAUAUUUUUAUUGCAUCACUGUUAAAUUUCCCAUGUUCAGAAUUCUGUAACAUACAGGAUUAUUGAUAUUGUAAAAUCAAAAUGAGACUUAAUUAAUUAUGAUGAUGACGAUUUGGUUUUUAAUUCAAAUGAAAUAUGUAAGAUAAUGAGCAUUUGAAUUUUGAUAAAAUGGAAAGUAUUCAUUCUGUAUAAGAAUAUUUAUUAAGAUGAUUUAUACAUUGAGUGCUUUUGCUUUCUGUGGUUGAAAAUGUGGUUAUUUUUAUUAGUGAUUUUAUUUAUUUAUUUAUUUCUGCUAAUUUAUUGUUAAAGAAAGACAAUGAUGGAACAAUCAUAAUGACAUAAUAUUUUAAUUCCUGAAGAAAACAUGGCCUACUUACAUUCUGGAAGACAAUAUCUACUGUUCUUCAUUAGUUAAGUUUAUUCAAAUUGGCUGUUGUAUUACGAGUUAAGUUACAGGUGUAUUUUAUUACAAAUAAAUAUAUUUAUUCUACCAGCUAUGGUAAAGCUAUGGUGUUACCUGUGACAGUGCACAAUUUAAAAUUAAAGUGACAACAUGUAAAGUA